AUGGAAGGUGAGGGAAAGUACACAGACCAGCAUAUUACAGUGGUACCUCAGGUUACAAACACCUUGGGUUACAAACACUUUGGGUUGCAGACUCCGCUAACCCAGAAGUAGUACCUCGGGUUAAGAACUUUACCUCAGGAUGAGAACAGAAAUCGCGCAAUGGCAGCGUGGCGGCAGCAGGAGGCCCCAUUAGCUAAAGUGGUACCUCAGGUUAAGAACGGUUUCAGGUUAAGAACGGACCGCCAGAACGAAUUAAGUUUGUAACCAGUGGUACCACUAUACAUCCACUCACUCGGCUGGCCUGCCUCCAACCUGAACCACCUCUUCACUUAAUCCAGGCCAGGGGUCUUUGUAUGUCUUAAAGGGGGGUUGUGAAGCAUGGAUGGCAGGCUGCUUUCUGAUUACGGCACUCUGGGCUGGGAGAUUUAAAGACUCUUCCUGUUCCUUGGCAAAAAACAAACAAAAAACAGAAAAAGAGUUAUGCAGCUGCCCUAAAAGCAUGUGUCGUUUUCACAGCCCCUUUUUACUCAAGGAAAGCUUUUCUUAUCCUAGAGUGAGUGCAUAUGUGCCUGUCUCAGAUGUCCCUUGCACUGGAGGUCUGCUGCCUGGGUAUGGCUGCAGCAGGGAGUUGCAACUUGCUACAGGGCAUUUUCCUGGCCUGAGUCCACUUUAUCAGAUGGAACUGAUUAAGUGGAAUCUAGAGCAUGAAAACAUGCACCACAAUACAUACGGCAUUCUUUUUAAAGGUACCACAAUGCUCUUUGUUGCUUUUGCAACAAUCAUCUGAGGUACGUAGGCCACUAUAUUAUUUCCUUAUUGCAGUUAAAGAACGUAUUAAUGCCUCCAUCCAUUACAACACUAGUCUCCUCCCUCUGCUCAAGAUUUGUCCAGCAUGUUCAUUUUUCCCUCUUCCUGCCACCCGGCCGUAGUAUCCCAGCCCUGGUUCCUCAAGUCUAUAGGGAAAUGGAUGUAUCUCCAUACAGAUCUGACCUGCGCGGUGACCUGUUUCCCAACUAGAGCAGGGUUUGCACUGUUUCUGCUGGAGAUACAAGCCAUACAACAAAUCCAGGAAAUGAAAAACCAAAACAUCAGCGAGUAAACUCAUACUUCCUAACGAUGCAGUAAGAAAGGCAAGCAUCAAAUACCAUGACAAGAAGAAAGAAUAAGAAGUAAUAAUGAAUAAUAAAAAGCAACAUGGAACAUAUAGCACAGCAGGCGAGGCUAGUAGUGUGUAUGACAAUAUGUUAGGAUCAAUGUAAUUGAGAACUAAGUCCCACUAUGUCCAAUGGAGCUCACUCUUAAUUUAUGCACAGGACUGUGGUGCUACUGUCUUCAAAGUUCUUUAUUUAAAGGACCAGCUUUCUUCAAAUUUUAUGUUUGGGAUUAUCCUGGGGGGAAAUUGUUUCAACACAACCCUUAACAAUUAUAAAUUUGUCUUGGUUUAUAGCAUAUUAGAUUUGCUAAAGGCAGAGAAAUUAGUUAACUUCUUAGAAUGAAUGAUGCCUUUGUAGUAAAUAAGUUAGCAUGCCUGCCAAAUAAAUAAACAGUAGAACUAAUGCUGUCCCAUUGAUCCUUGGCUUCUUCUAAGCAGACUUGUAAUCUAACGGAGAUCUUUACUACCUUCUGAGUCCAAACAACAUCUACAGUGUUUAUAGAUAGUAUUACUCCCCAGGACACUAAUGCCUGAGAUAACUUUGUACUUGUAGGAUUCAAGUUGCUGUGGAAGAUCUACAUCAUUUGCUUUCUCUGUUCCUCUAAAGGGUAGAAAACAGCUGCUUUUGUUUCAUGCAGAAGAAAAUUUCUCAAAAUGUUAAUAGACCACACCUGUCUGCAGCAGCCUCCUACUGAUGUGGCAAUAUAACUAUGUUGACACAAGUUUUCCCAUUGGCGUUGUGUUGGACUUCACCAGCACAAAGCAGUUUAGGAGUAAUCAUUUGCUUUCCAGUGGUAACCAUGAUAGCUUGAUUUCCCUUGCAGAGGCUCUGCUAUGAGCCCCACAUUGGGCAAAAUAUUUCUGCAUUGCAGGGGGUUAGACUAGAUGACUCUCGUGGUCCCUUCCAACGCUACAAUUUUAUGGUUCUAUGAUUCCAGAUCAGUUAUCUGGAAUAUUAUCUUCUGACAUGGUGCUGAAGUGAGCAUUGUGCAAACAAUUUUGAUCAGUGACACUUACUGUGAAUCUCAAAGAAGACAACACUCCAGUCAUAGAGAUAUAUGAUAUGAGUAUAAUUAAGUUUACAUAUACACCUUGGCGCUCUCUCUCUCUCUCUCUCUCGUCUCUCGCUCAAAAAAGUUUUCUGCUUGAACUGUGUUUCGAACUUUUGUGUGGGACCAAGAAACUGGGAUUUAGUAUCCAGCUUCAGAAUUGUUUAUCUGACAUGGCUGUGGGAUCAGAUGGAAUGGAAGUUGGCAGAUCUCAGGGGUUCUCUACUGACUCUAAUGAAAGUGUUUUUAUAGCAUCUCUUUUGUGGUUUAAUCUUAUAGCAUCAUCGGAGGGUGGGACCAACUCCUGAGCAAGCCCAGGAUCUAAACUAAGCCCCGUGAUAUCUGCACAUAUGCUCAGGCUUUUUUUCUUUGCACUUGCAUUGUGCCACCAGGGUAGGGGGUUAUGCAGGUGGUGUAUUUUUUAAUUAAUCUUUAUUAAAUGUUAAAACAAAAAGAAAGGAAAAAAUACCACAGCUGUCAAAACAUUAUAUACUUCAAAGAAACAAACUGACACAACAUAAGAUUGGCAGCUGAUAAAAUAUUUAAGAACGAAAGAAUAAAUAAAUAAAACAAAAGUAGGUAAUUAUUGAAAACGAAACAGGACGUGUGUUAACUGGUGUAAAUGUGGUGCAAUGCCAGCAUAAACACUUUGCAUAACUCCAGGAUAGGACCUUACUAUUAGAAAAUAUUGUGUCCAAAAGGAUUAGUACUUGAUACAUUCAAUAUACAGUGGUACCUCGGGUUAAGUACUUAAUUCGUUCCGGAGGUCCAUACUUAACCUGAAACUGUUUUUAACCUGAAGCACCACUUUAGCUAAUGGGGCCUCCUGCUGCCACCGUGCUGCCGGAGCACAAUUUCUGUUCUCCUCCUGAAGCAAAGUUCUUAACCUGAAGCAAUAUUUCUGGGUUAGCGGAGUCUGUAACCUGAAGCGUAUGUAACCUGAAGCGUAUGUAACCCGAGGUACCACUUUAAAGUUUUUUGGGAGAGUGGGGGGGACUGAUUUGCCUGCCAAGAGAGGAGAGGACAAUAUAUGGCAGAUAGUAUCCCGCUUGACAACAGACGGUUUUGAAGAGACAGGUAAUAAUUUAUUUUUAUUUUUUUUACUGAGCACUGAUGAGAUAAUUGGUUAAUUUUCCACGUCACAGAGGUUAUCAAAUUAUAAUGAUGUUAUACCUCUUGUGUCCUUCCCAGAUUCAUAUUUAUGACCUAGAGGUAAAAAUCUGUGUAACCUAUAAUAGGUAACCUUAAUUAUACCUUGAAGUUUGUAUCAAAUUAUUUUGGUUCGUACCUAUAUAUGUAUAAAUGCAAUUUGUAAAGGAAAGAACAACCUUCAUUCUGCCGAUUCUCUAUGGAAAGGCCCUCCAUUUCAGGUAGAGAAGCUUUAAACGCAUUUGCCUGUAACACAACUUUUCUUGUUAAACAUUGUCUGAGUGUGGUCUGCAAAAGCAGGGUUGAGUAUUAAUAGCCAGUUCAUAAUUGCAGAGGAUUAAAACUGUUUGGCACAUAUUAUUUUGCUCAUACUAGAAUCCUCUAAUCCUAGAGUUGGAGAGGAUCUAGUCCAACCACCUGCCAGAGUUGGAAACAGCAACAGCACCCGAUUGGUGGCCAUCCAGCCUCUUCUUAAGGACUUUUAACCAAUGUGAAUCUGCCCCCUUACAACACGAUUUGUUGCAGCAAGACAACUUGCAUUGUUAGGGUGUUUUCAGGAGCCAACUCCUAGGGGUUGAAGUCCCUUCGCCGCUGUCCCCCAAUUUAAUAUUUGAGCUCCCCCCCCCAGUUGAUGAGCAUUGCCAUUCAAAUGGUGUGUGUGCACUGUGUCAUGUUUCCAAUUAUGCAUGGUGGGGCUUACCUGCUCCCCCCAUAUUUUAUUCAAGUUGCACCCUUGGCAGGGCUUGAGCUAGCAGUCGGGAGGGGCGGAUGGAUAACUGGGUAGCUGAAGCCCAUGCAGUCCAUGGCUCAACACCCUCAAACAUAGGCUGCAGUCUUCUAUACCUACUGAUCUGGGGCAAGUAAAAUUGAGCUCAAAGGGGCUUACUUCUGAAUAAUAACGAUUGGUAGGCUUACAGUCUGCAUGACCUGGCUCCUUUAGGUCUCCCCCCCUUCCCUCCCUGUGAUGAACUGAAAACUGCCUACAGAAAACAAGCAUUUUAAAAUAGUUGUGAUUUGUCAGCAGUAUAUUCCACUCCCCACCCUCCACAAAAAGGUUGUAGCAUAGACAGUAGUUCAUACAGGCUACUCUAUGUCCUCAUUUACUACAAAGGUAUAAUUCUAAGAGGUUAACUCUGUGUCUUUGAAAUGCUGUAGCGUGGAGUGUUUCUAUUGAAUUCUGAUCAGCCAGCUAUGCACUCCACAAUAGGCCAUGCCAUUCCCCACGCCAAAAAAAAAUUUAGUCAGCAUUCUUUUGCCAUUGAGCACACUCAGUUCUCAGGGUUUCAACCCCACUCCAGGGUUUCCCCUUAAGGUUUUUUUUUUUGUACUUCUGCUAACACUGAGGCUCCCUCCAAGACAGCUGAUAUUUCCCUCUUGUGCAUGGAUGAUGCCAUUUCUUUUGACACAAAAGCAAGGGCACACACACUUGAACAUCAGAAAUGGAGGGAUAGUUCCCAUUUUGCAUCCCAAAUUAGUCCUGGAAUGUAAGAAACAAUCCCAAUUUCAUACUUUUAAUGCAAGACAGGCGUUUUGUAAUCCUGUUAUUAUUCCUUGUGUUACAUAAAUAUACACUCUGUUUUACAAAUUAUCAAACCUUUCAAAACACUGCUCUCUUUUUGAUCUUUUAUUUCAUUAUGUAAGUGUUUCAAGCUCCAUGUGGGAUGUUUAAUACGGUACAGUGUGUACCAAUGUCUUCUCACUGUUGUACUAAGAUGACCCAAAGCUACCACACUGGGAGGUUAUAACACAUGCUUGUUCUCAAGUCCCUUUCUCUCCUGUUGUCAGUUCUGUAAAUACUGGCAACAGUCUAGCAUGUGAUCUGUCAAGAAGACCAUGUUGCUUAUGCUAAGUAGCAGAAUAUAUAGUGGGCUAACCUAGGUGUAAGAAUAGGAGUUGCAUGCAUUAGCCUGCUAACAUUUUUUUUUAAAGAAUGAAAAGUAGUGGAGAGAAUGAAAAAAAUCUACUUAACCCUUUCGCUUCCUGACAUUUUCUGCUCAAAAUCCCACUUCCUUAGCUGCUUGUGUCCCAUCAGAGGGAAAGAUACAUGAGUGGGAAAGCUGCUUGGGUGAUUUCAAGUAAAUUAAGGACAGAAGGGGAAAAUGCUAAUCAACUCUCCACCUUCCCAGUUCUUCCUCCGUGAAAUAUACUCAGAGUCGCAAAGUGAUUUCAUGCUCUUUAUUCAGCUCAUAGUGGUGAGGAGGAAUGAAUGAAUGUCCCCUCACAGUAUCUGCUUUAUAUACAUUAUUUACACAAUGGGCUGCACAUGAUUGGCUAAUUCCGGAAUUCUACUGUAAGCCAAUCAGGUUGUGGAUUCACUUCUAUCUGGAGCAGGAUUGGGUGGUUCCUGCCAACCAAUCAUACUGCUGCAUUGUUCUAGGACCAAUCAGACUGCUGCAUUCUGAAUCCUAUUGUUCUAGGACCAAUCAGACUGCUGCAUUUUGGAUCCUAUUGUUCUAGGACCAAUCAGACUGCUGCAGUUUGGAUCCUAUUCAACUCAGUACAUAACACUCCGCUAUGCCCAUGGCUCCCAUGUAACAUCAAGUUUGGUCAUCAGUCUAUCACUGAACCUGAAAAAGAUUAACAUUUAAAACACUGGAAAGCUAAUUGUAAGGUUCCUUAGACAAAAAAUUCAAAAGGCAGGUACGGUUUCAAUCCUAUGUUUACGCAGUGUGGCCUACUCCCAGGUUAGUGGGGUUAGGAUUUCAGCAGUCACAAAGUUGCAUUUUUUUCAAUAACCAAGUUUUAGAAACAGAACUUGUUUGUUUUUCAUAAGUUCCUGUCAGACUCCUUGUGAGAUAUACCUGCCUUUUCCUUCAAUGCUUCCAGUUUAGUGUACUGAGUCAGAAGCACAGCUGAGCUGUCCUACAGACACACUGUUACUUCCAUGCCAUAUACUGAUAAGGUACAGAAGAGUCAUGAGGCGUUUUCCAGAAUUCUCCUUUGACUUGUUCUGAAAGAGUUCCUAUCCCCCAGUGCCUGGGAAGAAUGUAAAAUGCAAACAGAUAGGUGAAAUUAUGCAGUCCUUGCCAUAGAUUAAAAUGGUGGCAAGGUAAGUGUUUGGCAGAAUGACUUAAACCAAUAUUAACUUGUACCCAUUUGUUCCAUUUGUACUAACAAAGUACAUAAAUGUUUACUCAGAGGUAAGCUCCACUGUAUUCACUAAGGCUUACUGCCUACUACUCAGAGUACUUAGGAAUGCAGUGCUAGAAACAUGAGUGUAUUUCAAAUAUUGUGGCACACGGAAGGAAAAAGAGCUAAGUGUGAGAGCGGGUACAGAACUAAAAUAAGCGGCCCAUAUGGAUAUCAAGCAAAAUAAACAUCAUUGCAGACUGUGGCAUAAAAACAAUUGUUUCUAAUUAAUCCCUCCAGAAGUACCUAAGGUUGGUUUUGUUGGCAGAAGAGCUCUCUUUCACACAAGAGUUUCAGGCACAUAAAUACUGCAUUUCUUGACAGAAGAAUGCCUUGCCCUGGAAGGAUGCAUCAUCUCCUGGGUUUCGGCCUAUUAUACAGCUCUUAAAGUGCAGAGCGCCUCUAAAUAUUAUGGGCUCAAAAAAACAGCAAAGUAUACUAAUUAGGAAGGACAAGAGACAAUUUAAAUCCGUUUUAGUCUUUUAACUUUUGUAAGUUUUGGAGUAGGAUUGUACAUUUCCCCCGAUUUUACUGUUUGAUCUUUUGCAAACCGCUUUGAGGGUUUUUUGUUUACAAUCGAGCGGUGUAUAAAUUUUGUGAAAUAAAUACGAAGCACAUUCUAGACACGCUCUCAGCGCCUUUCCGUUGUGUAUUACUUCAUACAGUAGGCCAGACCCCAACCAAAUACAGCACGCGUUUAUGCGUCUGUGUGCGCUUUUAACGCGGGCUCCGAGGCGACUGACUUUAGUAAACGGCGAACUUCGGCCUCCUCGGGAAGAACCACCGCCACCUCCCCUUCCCUCUGCGCCCUGCGUAUGUGGCCUGCUGCGCUCAUGCGCAAUGCCUUCCUAGCCCCGAGGAACUGUCACUCACGUUGGGAAGGAAGGAAACGAGUCGCAAGGAGAGAGCGCGCGCGCGCGCCUUCGCUCCCCCGGCGAGGAGGGCGGCGAGCAGGCGCCUCCUUCCUCGCACGCUUGUGACGCGUGGCUCCGAGCCCCGCCUAUACCCGGCUCCUCCUAUAAAAGCUCCGCCGGCGCCCCUUCUUCCUCUUCUUUUACCAUUUCCUCCUGCCUGCUUCUUCGGCGAUCUUGCUUGCUGCGCCGUCUCCCGUCUUCCGUGUGUUUUUUCUUUGCCCGCCCGCCCGCCUUCCUCCUCUCCUCCCGGGCUUCUGCCCCGCGCCUCCCUCGCGUCUCCUCGCAUUUUUGUGUGCGCGCUCUUAUUUUUUCUUAAGCCUCGGCGCAACUUUGCGCUCUUUUCUCUGGUCGCCCUGCAGCCUAUGGCCCUGGAAGGCGCCGCUGCCGCCUCCCGUAUUUCUGCUGUAGGUUCCCACAUCCCUCUUUAAAAAUUCCGCCUAAAAAGAGAAGACGAUUUACCAAAUCUUUCGGGCCGUUGUCCCACGUGAGUACUUAACCUACUAUAUAUGAUUAUGAUUAUUUAUUGGGGGAAUACGUGUAUUGAAAGGGGGACGCCACCCACCCAUGCAGCGCUCUACUUCCCUGCCUUGCCUUGCCUUCCCUGCCUUUCCAGAUGCACCUUCAGCCCCAGCGGAGGCGGGUGAUGGCGGAACCGGGCGCAGGUGCCUCGGCCAGAUCCAGAGAGGCGUGGGGGGGGGACAGUCUCCUUCCUCCUGGGUCCUGGCUAGGCGGCGAGCGCCAUAGAUGGUGACUCCUCGGCACAAAGCUGCUCCGAAAGGAGGCGCGAGGAAAGAGCGAUGUCCGUCGCGCUCUGCGCGCGCGCGCGCUGUCACUAGGUCUGGAUCCGUUGGGAGCCCAGUAAAGAAGAUGCCUCCCCACCCCACCCCCAUUCUAGCGCGCUUCGGGGCUCUGGGGGGUUCCCAUUACCCCAAGCCCCGAGGCGACACUUCUUCCCCCUCGAGGCGGGGAGAAGAGGAGGGAGAGAGCCGAGCCCCUGGGCGGGCCGGGGAAGAGCCAGAAGGGAGCUCCCCCGAGCGGACACCCCUCUCACGCCGGCGGCUCGCUCAGGAUGGCGAGUGUGCGCUCUUCCCCGCUUCUUCCCUCAGCGCUCAGGGCGGCCAAGGAUCCCCGACCCGAGCAGGUCAGCGGUGUGCGAGAGAGAGGAGGAGCGGGGCUGAGGAGCUCCUAACAUGGCGGACGCUCGCGUGCGAGGGAGGGAGGCAGGGAGGGGGCUACCGCCCGACGGGCUUCGGCGGCCCCGUUCCCCCGCGAGUCGGGCAUUUGUGGCGGCGGCGGACGGGGCCGGGAACCGAGGCGCGGGGAGCCCAGAGGACAACAUGGCAGAGGGGCUCCUCGGCGGCUGUUCUAACAUGGCGGAUUCCUGUGGAGGGGAGUGGGAGGCUGCCACCGCCUGUGUGAGUGAGUGUGUGUAUGGCUGCCUCGGAACUGGGUCAGUUCAUGGUGAUAAGCUGCGGGAAGCAGCAGCAGCCGUUUAACGCCCUGCCGUUGGAGAUGGAGGGGGGGUGGAGGUAGGGGUGGGCGGCUGCUCUGGAGGCCGAAGGCUCCGCGGUGGCGAGAAGCAGCGCUUGACGUGUGCGAGAGGAGGAGGAGGACUCCUUCUUAUCCCCUCGGAGUGGCCAUUGUCGCCGGCUGGUCACUUGUCACCUGCCGCCCUCGGGGGGGGGGCAAUGGUGAGUUGCCUCGGUCCCUAAAAGUGAAGCCUUCAUGUGGCUCUGGGAGAUCUGGCUGGGGGCAUUUAGGCCUCCCGACCAUGAAGGGAGUCAUUGGAAGCUGGUGACAUGGCAGAGGUCGUCCUCUACCUCCCCCCCCACCUUCUUUUUCAUUUGUAGGUGUGCUGUGUGUGUGUGUAUAGAAUUGAGACCAGCUUUCCGGGUUGUGGUGUUGUCUGGCACUAACCUAAGGGCUUUUCCUCCUCAUGCGCCUGGUGAGCAAGGAAGGCCACCCUUAAUGCCCUCUCUCUGCAUGGGUGGAUGGUGUCAGCAAGGAGUGGCUGAUGAUUUUACCAUGUCUGCCCUAACGUGUCUCUGAAUGGGAACCAGCUGCUUUUGUCAAAGCCUGUAAGCAGUUGCCAAGGUGUAUGAAGUGGUGCAGGCCACAGGAAUGGAGGAACAUGACAGGUGUCACUUACCUAGGAUGUAGAACAUCUGCCAUGGUUUGCCUCAAAAUGAUUUUGCACCCAUUGUUUGUGGCUAUACCAUGUUUAUUGUUGGUAACAUAAUUUGACACUAAUAUUACUGCUGCUUUCUUCAAAGAUCAAAUAAUUAAUCUCCAUCAUGGCUGGAUGAGAAUUGUUGGAGCUGCCCUUUUUCUUAGUGCUAAGACAUGUCUUAACGCUGGUAUACCAAGGAAUGGGAUGAAGCAAGACCUCCUGUCCUGUUCAAUUGCUGCAAUUCUCCUGGGGCACAUGUCUCUUAAAUAUUCCUACUGGUCCGACAGAUGCUUGCACAAUAUGCACAAGAACACACAUUUUUGUUUUUAAGUACUCAGGAAUAAACACAAACCCCAUGGUCUGUACAGGCAAUCAGCAUUGCAAGUUUGUCCCUAAGCAUGUGUGGAAGGAUUUGAGAAAAUCUGGCCUGAUUUGAAGGUGGCAGGGUUGCAGCUUCUUGGUUCAAACCACUCUACUUGACAUUGGCUUUUAGAAAGUUUGUAAAGAGUUGUACAUAUUUUUUCGUAUGUCGGAGAAGUGACACAGGUGGAACUGUUUGGAUAUCUGACACCCAUGCCUCCAGCAGAGGCUGGAAUGGUUAUUUGAAUUUAGGAAAGACCACAUUCUUGAUCAUCUGUUGGGAAAGUUGCUGUUUUUCUAGCUCAACCUACUUGGGGGGGGGGGGAUGAGUAUCCUAUGAAUGCUGCUGUGAGUUCUUUGAAGAGGAUACAAAUGUGACAAAACAUCUCCUUUUUCUUUGUGGGGAAGACAGUGGGAAAAGCUCUUAGCUGUUGAAUGGUACAGGAUCAUAACUUUGGCCAUCUGUUAAUAUGGAAUAACUGCUACCUCUUACUUGUCCGACAAUGUUCAUUUGCUUACAUUUAUGCCCCAUCUUUCUUCUAAGGAGCUCAAGGUGGCAUACAUAGUUCUCCCUUCUCCCCAUUUCAUCCUCAUCAGGAACCCUUUGAGGAUGGUUAGAAUGAAAGACUGUCGGAGGUCACCCAGUAAGCUUAAUGACUGAGUGAAGUUUGAACCCUGGUCUCCAGAGUUCCUCUAACGUUCUUUGAACUGGUAGUGGAAAAGUACCUUUUGUCAUACCUUAUCUCCCUGCUUCUUUCUGACCAAAACAGCACAAAUGCUGGUUAACACAAUUAAUGCAUUAGAACCAAGAUUUAGGUGUUAUGGGAACAUAUACUUAUCGCAGUGUGUUUUUCCAACAUGCAUGGUACAGGUCCAGUGUGUUCGCAUUACAGUAUAUCUCAACUGCGUAGUUUGGGAUGCGGCAGAAGUACAGGGAAAGGCGUGGAGUCGGGCUUUGCACGCGGGGCAGGAAAGCAAGCCUUUUGAAAUGCAGAGGAUCCUGCACAUAUUUGGCGCCAGUAUAAGGGACAGUUCAAAAGAGCGCAGGUCUCGCCAGACCAGCCUGCAGCCCCCUUUCGGAGGAAUCGCUGUCAUUGGAGGCUCGGGCUAGCUGGAGCAGCCGCUGCUGCUUCAGCGUCACCGUCCGCUGUGACCAAGCUGACGCGAUCGUCCUCGGGGCCCCUUCCUCCUUCCCUGCAUGUGCGCUGGCGACCAGCUGCGAGCGCCCUCCUGCAGCCCUGCGGCGACGGCGUCUUCGCGGAGUUGCGCCGCGAAGCAUGGCGUGCUGGCAGGGGGAGGAGGGUCUGUUCCAGUCUGGACUGGUCCUGUCUAGUUCUUCGCUUCCUGCCUGCCUGCCAUGGUGUGAACAAUGCUGUUGCUGCUGCUGCUGCUGCUGCUGCCGCCGCUGCGGUUUGCGACACGGCAUCCCCCGCCCCAUGCGCUUCUUCGGAGUGCGAGCCCCUCCCCUCCCUUGUCUGCCCAGCUACAGCCUCGCCAGAGAGCUGGUGCUGUCGCCCACAUCAGGCGCACUGGUGUAUCCCGCCCGCGGGGAAGCCCGUAGCCGCUGAGCUUUCCCUAGCAGCCUCCGGCAGACGUGGGAGGGAAGGCGGGCGGGAGCUACGGCGGCGGCUAGAAUAAGCUGCAGGGCUUCUUGGUGGCGCACAAUGGGAGUUUGCUUUGGGUUGCUGAUACUACCAAGGCAGUUCAGCCAUGCGGAUGAUCGGCUACUCGGCCUCCUUUUUGGUCGCCCCUGCUCCAAGUGGGGGAAGUUCUGCUUUAUGGCUUGAAAACGCGAAGAGCUCAUCUGUGGCGAAGGAACUGCUGCUUUGCACACGCCUUAAAAUGAAAAAGGCAACACAACUGUGCUUGAGAAAGCGGCUCCCAGACACGUGCCUUUAUUGUGUGAACUUGUUUUUGAAGCUUGUUGAUUUUAUUGGUACGUCAUUAUAAAUAUGUUAUGCUAUUUUAUGUAAACUGCUUACAGGUGUGUUGUUUUGAUUAAGUUGUCUGUAAAUUUUGUUAAAUGGGUAGUUAUGUGCAUAAGCAUGGAGAAUAAAAUAACUGGUGUUGGAUGUUAGAUUUUAGAGUUUCAGGAACGAAUAUCCUUUAGGAGGUAAAGGACUAAUUCACAGCCAUGGUAGCACUGAACUUUUGCGAAGUCCUGUGGACACGGAGGAAUAUUUAUUUUAGAUUAUUUUAGAAGAGCUAAGUGGGUAGUGCUGAACAGGUGAAGCACCCACUUAGUAAGGAACGUCAUCACCACAUGAACUUGUGCUAGUCUCUUCACUCUGGUUAACUUGCUUCUUGGGGGUUAUCUAAUGAAAAUCUCUUUGCAGAGAGAACAGGGCACAAAUAUGAGAAAUAGAUAUAUUGUGACAUAAAUAGUCAAUCAGUCUCCUAUUUCCAAAUGUAAUGUAGAAAGAUUUUUUUAGGUAUAUGUGGUACUGUACAAGUGAAACAAAGUUUUGUAGCACUUUAAAGAAUUAAUAAAUGUAUUAUGGGAUAAGAAAUUGUUGAACCACCUCAUCAGAUGCAUAGGCUUGUUAGUCUGUUGCUGUUCUGUAGAAUCUUAAAGACUAACAUGGUUACUCACCUGAAGCAGUUAAAAUGGUAGAAAUGGAGGUGAGUGAGUUUCACAGUAUGUUUAAAAGGUGUAAAGAAUGCAAGGGAACAUAAGGUGUGUUCCAAUCUGAUAAAGUAUACACACCAGAUCUGAUUCAAUUAGAAUAGGUUUAUUCCACUUCCACCUCUGCCAGAGGGUAUGGAGUGCACUAAACAAUCAGCUGUUCCAACUUGGACCAUUUUGAUCCUUGUUGGGCUUCUUGGAGACAUUAGGUUGAAACCUUUUGAAAAGAGGUUUACAGGAUGAAUACAUAGAAUUUCUGCAUAGUUUUGUGAAGUACUUGCUUUCAUGUCUGGAUGCCAAGCACGACUAAUAUAGUCCUGUCCUCAUAAAUGCCUGCUUCUUAGGAGUGCUGAGGAAAUAAAAAAUUGGACCAACACAGAAUAAUUUUUUUCUGCUCUGUGGAGCUAGGGUAGCCUGCUGGAUUACUCAUUUUUUAAUAGAUGAGUCCUGCAAAUGUUGUAUCAAGAAUGGUGAAGGUACUUAUGCCUUUCCAGGUCUGGAUUAACUGGGGCACAGUGUGGUCCUUUUGGAUGAAACAUGAAAAAUAACUGUGAAGAAAGGAUAGGAAUAAAAGAUGACUGCAAGGAUUCAGACUGAACAGAUGCACCAGACUGCCCCUCCACCAGAUGCACAUUCAAAGCAGAUACAUUUUUUUCCUGUGGCUGCUCAUUGUCCUGCAGCACAGCUGUUCUGGAGUACAGAAGAGAAGUAGAAUUGUUUCACUUGUCUGCCGAUUGCCUCAGAAGGCUAUUGCCAUCCUUGGACAAUAUUGUUGUUAAGUAAAGGACUACCACUAGGACAUCUAUCUGGGGACCUGAAAGACUUGAAUUGUGGUUUUUAGUGGGCUAUACAGCUGUUGGUACAGGGACUGGGUUCUUUAUUUUCCCUGCUGCUGGCUACUUGCGCCAAUGUUGUGCUUGUCUCUGGACCUUAUCCCUGAUUAACUAGAACAAGAUGUGCCCACAAGCUGGCCUGUUGGUGGAUUUAAUGUGUAGUGUGAGGGUUUCCUUCAAGUACUAGUUUUAGGCUCCCUUACUGCCUCUGUUCAAACUUUCAUAUAGGUUUUGGGUGUUGACAGAGUACGGUAGCCCAUUAUGUCCCUGCUCUAUAAUCUUGCCCUUGAGGGAUUCCUAUUCCGAGCCAUUGUGGGCAGGAGUUUGCUGCUGUUGAUCUUUCAGUCUGCCACUUUUCUCCCCGGCUCUUGCCAGAAGAUUCUCUCUUUUGGACCUGAAGUUGUGCCUAUAACCUAGGUGAUUGUGAUUCUUGUAAGACUUUACAUUUGUAAGAUUUUAAUAUUUGUUUGAUUAAGGCGUGAAUUAGAGUGUGGUGAUAAUGCCAAGGUUGUGGGUUUGAUCCCUGUAUGGGACAGCUGCAUAUUCCUGCAUUUCAGCAGGUUGGACUAGAUGAUCCUCAGGGUCCCUUCCCUUGAUAGAGUGCUAACUCGGGUUACGAACUUAAUUAGUUCUGGAGGUCCGUUCUUAACCUGAAACCGUUCUUAACCUGAGGCGUGCUUUCGCUAAUAGGGUUGGCACACGAUUUCCGUUCUCAUCCUGGGGCAAAGUUCGUAACCCGAGGUACCACUUUAUAGACUUUGUACCAAUGUCACUGUUCCUCUAAAAUGUAGUCUAGAUGCAGUUGUCAACAUAGCAUACGGUCUGCUGAUGAAAGUGAUCUGUUUACACCAAGUAAUUUAAUUGCUAAGGCGUAGUUUUUCUUUCAGCAAGUGUUCAUAAAACAUAUGUACACAAAAAGCCAUCUAAUGUCCAACUUAUGUCUCAAGAAAGUUGAGCUGUUAUUUGUAACUAGCUUCCUUGAAAAAUGUUUCCAUCAACCAGAUGUUACAGAAAUAGAGGUUCUGCUAAUUUAAUCUACAUUCUAUAUGUUUUCUAUAGGAUGUACAGUAUUUACCUUUCUGUCACAUCAUUUCCCUUGGAGAAUAUUACUCAGUAGCAGUUCUCCAUUUUUAAUAAUUCAGUCUCCAUUUUUAAUCUGAACUUGUUCCUUCUUGUUGAACUUGGAUGAUGUGCAAGUGUGUUCAUCACUUAUCUUACUUCUUUGUUUUCAUUCUUCCCUUUUUCUCAGAGCUUAAGUAGUUUCCACAGUAUAGAACUCUGGUUUCCUUUUUUUUAUUACCUUGUUUACACAAAGUGCUGGUCAGAUCUAUUGUGCCACGUGAGCAGAACACGCAAAACUUUCCUUAUGCUUCCAUACUGUAAGGGAAGUUUGAUAGUGGCAACAGAGUUGGUCAGGACAGCUCUUCUGCUGAUCCCCAAGGCUCCCUGAACUCGGUUUGACAACAAAUGGUUGAUAAGCUAAAUAUUUUAGUACUUAGUCAGCAUGUUCAUUUAUGCUUCUGGCUUGUAGUUGCUAUGAAACUGCUACUGCCUGGGAGCCUUCAUACUGCAAGCUGAAUGUUGUACAAUUCUGGUGAAGUUUGAAUUGGCCUUCUCAGUCUGUGUUCUAACCUGAAUGUAUGUUUAUCAAUGAUCUAAACAUACAGGCAGCAACCAUUUUAGGCACGUCCCAUAUGUGCAUGACUGUGCCAAACCUGGAAGUGACUCAAAAACAUCACGGGACAGGACAGGGCAGGGUGGGCUUAUGUGGGCCCCACCAACUUGUGUGGGGGUCCAGAGUGUAACCUCUGCACAAAUCCUGUACUGUAUGCUAAACUUCCUGUUUUUUCUUAAGCACAAUUGCUGUAUUGAGAUGGGUGUAUUUGAACAUUCCCAGACUCAUGUGCAAAGGCAGAAUUUCCCAUCAUUUGAAGAUUGGUUUUGUAAAGCUGGACUUGCAACAUUACUGUUGAAUAUAUAAUGGAUAUUCUCUCUCUCCCCCCCCCCCUUACAGGGCAAGCUCUCUGACCAGGUGUACAACUAUCCAGAGGGAUUAGGAGAAGUGCUUUAUCGGGAACAGUUCGACUUCAACGCUGAGCCACCUUGGGAACCUAGCUGAUGAUAGUAGGGUUCCAUCUCCUAACUUGUCCAUGUGAGUCUUUUCCUUUAUUUUUACAGCUGUGCACUUGUAAAUUCACUAAGUUUUCCCUUCUGGAAUUUGUUUUAUGAAUUGUUCCAAAUGAUAGGGAAAUGUGUGAAAGCCUGAUCUUAAUUCAAGAAAAGCUGUUGGCCUUAAUCUGUGUUUGUAUGAGUUUACAUAUCAAUACCUUAAGAUGCCUUCCCUUAAAUUAAAGGCAUAGUUUUUAUAAAUCCUCUGUGUUCAUUUGUAACCUACCUCAGUAUGCUAAUGGGGAGAUAAUGGCUGUUUAGAAUAAACUUUAAUCGUCUUAUUGAUGUGUUACAUGAAAAUACCCAUUGCUAAAUCAUUUCAGCACUUCACUUGUAGAGCACAGCCUCCAAGGUAUGUCUUGUUAAGUGCCUCUUGCUUUCAUAAGUUAGUUUUUCAACUACAGGAGAUUGGUGGAUUCCGUCUUGGACAAAUGAUUUGUACUAGUUACAGUUUAAAUUACAGAGGAGAGAAAUGGACGGAAGCACCCUACUAUAGUUCUGUAUCAUCGCAGCAGGAAAUCUGGUUUUGCAAACUUGGUGCCUUAUCAGACAUCUAAUAAUAAUAUAUUCUGGUUAUCAUUUUUGUUGGAAUUAAAAUAAUUUAGAUUAAACACUACUGAAAUAAAAAAACAUGACUAGUUGAAGCAUGUCCCAUUACAUAAUAAACAGCAUUCUUGCAAAAGAAUGUACUGCAUACCAACCUGCUGCUGCAUUUGUGUGCUAAUAUAUAAGAAGCUGCUUCAAGCAGUAAUUCUAUUGUAUUAUGGAAAAAGAAGACAGAACUUAGAGGAUGUCACCUUAAUUUUAAAAAGACUAAUCUGUCAAAUAUACUUGAAACAAAAGUUAUGCUUGCAGGUUUUGUUUUGUUUAGCUAAAUUGUUGGUGUUUUGAAUCAGCCUAUUUGACUAGCCUGGCUGGAAGCCUAGCUCUGACCUGACUUAGAUAUAUUGAGAUUGUGGGUUUCAAACUUGUAUAUUUCUUCUUCUUGCAUCAUCAUCAUCCUCUUCUUUGCAUGUUCAUAUUCCUACCAUCUUUUUUCUAGUUGAAGCAAAUAUAAUUUGCUCUGAUGUCUAAAUCAGGCAAACUGUGGUUUAUGCAAGCUGUAGUUUGGCUUCCAAAUCGGAAUGAGAAAUUUCUGUUUGAACUUUGAGAGACCAACUAUGGGUUGUACAAACAUAUUGUACCUGAUUUGGACAUUACAGCAUACUAUGCUUUGCUGAAACCUGGAAGGAAGAACUGAGUCUGAAAACUAUUCUCAGCAGCCAAACUGUGACCUGCCUGUUACAUUUGAAGAAGACCUAUAUUAAUUACUUAUUGUUUGAUACUCUGAAAUGCUUUGAUAAUCUGCAGAGAAAUAAAGAACAGAAGGUGUGAUAUUUCAAAUCAUGCUGAAAUGCACCCACAUGAUCCUUAUUAGUAGUUAAAUCCUGGCAAAUUUACUAUUUGUGCUGUCUCAUCUGUAACUGCUGCAACUGGUUGGCUGAAGCAGUUGAAGCUUGGAAGCUGUUUCAACUGUUGUCACAAAGACUAGCAGCCUUGUCAGGCUGUGCAACUACUGAACCAUGUGGUACUUUGGGUUUCCCUGGGCUCAGCUGGCUGCAGGGUACACUGUGCUGGAAAAGGAGAGUUUGUGAAUUUCUCUGUUUAUGAAUGCAAUUGUAAUCUUGCUUUGCCUUCAUAGAAGAUUAAUAACUUUCCUUAUUUCAGUCACUGAGGAUUUGGAAUGUUUAAUUCUUACAAUACUUUGAUUCGGCAGCCUUCCCUUUAUUAGAGUUGCAUUGAAACGAGUGCUUAGAACAACCCAAUACAGCUCAAAUUUACCUUAAUCUCUUGGAUGAAAUAACCUACUCAAAAGAAACAUGAUUGACUGUAUUUCCGUGUUUGUGACAGCUUUUCCUCAGUUCUUUGUAUUUUCCUUGUUAUAGGCAGGUCUGACAUGCUGGGAUCAAACUGUAUGAUCCUUGGAGUUAUUGCACUUGCACAGCUGAUCCAUAGGAUCAGGACAUUUGUUUCUUUAGUACCACAUGUAGCCUCUCGUCAAAAUUAAAUUGAUUGAUUUUUAAAUCUUCUAAAGUUGGGUAGAUUCUCAUAUUUGUCUUGCCAAUAAAUUGUAUUGCUGAUAAAUGUUUGCCUGAUGAAUUGAUGCCCAUUUUUAAGGCAACCUAAAAGUUUUUCAUGCUGGCAUUCCAUACUGUUUUCCUUAAUGAUUGUGUAGUGCCUAGGCACUCUAAGCUUUUAUUUUGCAACAAGACUUGUUCUGCUGUGUACAAAUAUUUUAGAUUAAUCAUAACUAGUGAAUUAAACCUUAACCAUGCAACUUCACAGAAAUGCUUACCACAAAUAUACUUACAUUUGGGGUGUGCCUAAACUUGGAAGAGCCUUGACACACCCAGAUUGUUCGUGUGUGAGAGAGCUGACUAAUAGGCACCUUGAAGUUGUGCUAUAAAAUGUUUUAUUGAGGAAAAAGUCAAUUAGACGUUAAAUAUAAUGGACCCUACUAGGAACAGGGUAUUAAUUAAAAUUGGUUUGUCUGAGUAUAAUUUUAAAUUCUUAUUAAAAGUGGUCUCCACCUUCAGCUUGUCAGCAUAGCUCUCUGGGACAGGCAGUUCUUCAGAGAACCUGCCUGGUGUGCACAUGUUUCCCCAACACCCUUUUGGAAGACAAGUGACACAUAGGUAUAACCAAAUGAGAGAACUGGAGUAGACUAAUUGGAGGUUUGUUCUUUAGCCAGCAGACCAGAAAAGUCUGGAGAAAUGUUUCUCUUACUUCCCACCCCCCAUUCCUUCAACUUUAGAGCUUUAAGGGGUUUGUGUGCGUGCACGCAUCAAACACUUUAAGAACUUCAAAUAACUAUUUUGCAUGCUAAGUAAACAUACGUUCAUUGUUUAAUUUAAUUAUUAUUGGAUAACAUGUCAAUAUUACAUUGGUACAUUUAUUUUGCAUGCUAGCCUACUCCAUAAUUAAAUGAUCCCCCCUCCCCACUAAAUGGCUUUAGUAUUUUAAAAGUGGCUCUGACCUCUUAAUGUUUGAGAUUAUUAAGGAGAAAAGUUAAUGUAAAAGUAAAAGAUUUGGCAAAAUGUCUUUCUGUAUGCCUACUGCUUCCCACAGAUAAUAAAUACAUUUUUUUAAAUCACAAAAAGCUUUCUGCAGUGGAAAACUAGCACAUGGGGUGCUAAUUUGCUAGGGGCAGGAGACUUCUUUUCUGUGGAAGGCAGCAUUCCCUCAGUGGUAAUCUGUUGACAGCAAUGGGUGGGGAUAGAGCCAAAAGUGGGUGGCGGGGGUUCAUCCCUUUUCUGUCCCUACCUCUCUGUUUCUGUCACUCCUCCUCUCCUUUCUCACUAUGCAUCAGGUCAGGAAAGAAACAGAUUGCGUUUGCCAGAGAUAUGGAAGUAUUACUUGCAGAGGGCUUUUUCCUCCUUCUCCAUCACUGCAUCCUGUUUGUUGCCCUCUCCCUACCCCCUCAGUGUUUCCCCCCUUUUCCCUGUGGGCUCCUUGCAUGAAAAUAGUUGAAGGGCUGCAGGCUGCCCACCCAAUUUAUAAUCCAAUUUUGCUGAAUACCUAGCUUUGUUGUUUUGCUUUCAAAUUUAAAUAAGCAGCAUAUUUACACUGUUGAUAGCCCCCUGAUCUCUGUGUGAGAGAGCAUGGGUGGGGAAGGAGAAACGAAAGCUUUCUAAAAGGCUGCCGUGUGAUUGUAAUUUUUUUUAUUGUCUUCUCUGUCAAACAGUUUGUUGCAUAGCUUAA